AUGUCUGCUGGUGACAAUCCAUCGACUUCAAAACGACCAUUCGGUUUAUCAUUUCCUAGUAAACCAAAAUCAAAAAUAACCACAACAGCUACUUUAGCACCAAUCAAUAGAAGUUGUUUAGCAGCAGCUGCAUUCUGUCUUGAUGAUGAUGACGAUGUAACACCUACAACUUCAUCGACAAAAUUCAAUAAACCUCCAACAUCAAGUCGUCUUGCUUGCAAUCCCAAGGCACAACGUGACAUUGAAGAAGCCCUGGAACAAGAUCCAACUAUUUUUGACUAUGAUGAAAUUCAUGAGCAAGUGAGUUCAACAGUACAACAAGAGCAAAAACGUGAAGAAAAAAAACGCCUUGAACGCGAAACAAAUACAUUUCGACAACCAAAAUAUGUUACAGGACUUUUAGAAAAAAGUAAAGUACGUGAAAAAGAAUACGAAAGAGUUCUAGAACGACGAAUACAACGUGAACGUGAGCAAGAAGGUGAUCUCUUUGCAGAUAAAGAAGUAUUUGUUACAUCGGGAUAUAAAGCUAAAUUAGCUGAACGACAAGCUGAUUUAGAACGUGAAAAACUUGAAGAUAAACGAGAAGCAUUAUUGAAUGUUUUACAACAAGAUAAUAUGGAUGCUUUUUAUAGAUUUCAAUUCAAACUCCGAACAGGUGAUGCAACUAUUCUUGAAGAAAGUGAAAAAGUUAAAACUGAACCUUUCAAAAGUACUGAAAAAGAAUCUUCAGCUAUUCAAAAAGCUCGCCAAAUUCGUUCACGAACAGACAAUGAUGAUGAUCAAAUGGAAACCAAUGAUUCGAAUGAUAUAGAUGAUAAUGGUAAUAUGUACGUACGCGCACGUGAAAAGCAUAAUCGUGUUGCUACUAAUCAUCGUGAACAUAAGGACGAAGAUAUCAGUGAAGAACGCAUCACACAUGAAUUACCAAAGGCAACACCAUCGACAGCAGCAGUUAAAGUUCGACGUAUUAAUGAUGAAAAAAGUCAAGUCUAUGAUGAUGAACAACUUGAAAUGGGUGUUGGUCAAAGCGGUAAAAAGAAUAAACAACAAAAAGAUAAAGAUAAAGAUAAAAAAACAACAAAUACAAAAGAAAAUGAUGCAUUCAUAUGUAUGCCAAUAGCACACGAAAAGAAACGACUAGCAGAAGAAACAAGAAUUGAAAGAAUACGUCGAUUAUGUGAAAAACGAACGGUUGGACAAGUGUUAGAUAUGGCUCAACAAGCUUAUUAUGAACGGCAACAGAAACGAAAUUUAUUUAAAGAUUAUGUUGAAAAAGCUGAAUCAUAA